AUGCCUCCAAAAAAGCAUCUGGAGCUUGCCACAAUCCUCAUCGAUCGAAACGAAACGGCCAACACCUCCGCCUUGUCCAACAUAAAUUGCGACACGGAUUUUGAAGCGUCUAUUGAAAUUUCUGACUUGCUCUUGAGUAGAAAGGUGAGUAAUGAUGUGUUUUAUCAGUUAUUCGUUCUGUUUAGAUCUUCUCUCAAGCCACCGACCUGUAUUCUUGCGUUUUGUUCGGUUCGGAUCAGGUGAAUGUGUUGAAGGAAUUUAGUCCGGCAGACUUUAAUACAAUUAUUGCAUUGCGAAAUGAAAAGCCAAUGAUCUCCACGGAUACUUCUUGUAAGUUUUUGUUCUUGUUUUGUCUUUGAAUUUUAGGGUUGAGAUGAAAUAUAGAGCAUUUUUUGGAAUGACCACUUCUGGUUUCAUGGUGUAGAUAAUUUUGUGUUUUUCAACGGGAAAUUUUUGGCUUUUUUGUGAGAAAUUGCUGUUAACAGCACUAUUGAGAACUAUGCUCUUUUUUUCAUUGGUUUUCAUUUCAAAAAACACCCGUAAUAUCAUGCAAACAUCAAAUUUAUAUUGUACAUGAGAUCAAGACCAAACUUUUAAAUUUUUAGUUAUAAGAGGUAUUGAGAAAGCCUUGGAACUUUUCAAACAGUACUCCAAAGACUACCCGAAGACUAAUGUGGCUGGCAGGACCAUUUUCUUGCUUAGUAAUCUCAAAUGUGCUGAUGAAUCCGAGCUGACAAGUAAGACUGCCCUGAAAUUGGCAAGUAUGCUGGCAAAAGCUGAUGCCGAUCUCAUUGUUGGGUGAGUUAUUCAUUUAUCAAUCGAUUAUCACCUAAUUGAGACUUGAAUUACCUUAUUUUCCCUUUCAGAUCGCCUGAUAUUACCUUAGAAAACAAAAACUCGCAUGAAUUCAAAUUUAUGCAAAUUUUGGCUAGCCAAUGUUCACUUCAGUGGAUCAGCUUCUCCGAAUGUUACAAGCGUUUCUCUGGCUUCAAUCCGAAAGAGACUCAGCCAAGAGGUCAGCCGUUUGAACUUGAAGUAGGGCCUGAUGUCAAGUUGAAGGUGCAGAUGUACGUAAAGAACACAAAUCUCAAGCCUCAAUGGAAAUAUAUGCUCGUCAACAAGGCUGGCAGACAGGUAAGUCAUUUUGAGAUUUUUUUGUUGAUUUUUAGAUACAGAAAAUCAGGAGGAUCAAAAAAAUUUAUAUUAUUUUAGUUGACCAAGCGUUUUCACUUCACCACACAGCCGGAAGUGAAAGUAACAGCCGCGGAACUGGACAAAUUGACCGAUGAGGAGGUCAGAACAGGCAAAAUAAAGUCGGCGCCAGCUGGACGAAUCGUCGAUAAGGCGAAUUUGAUCAAAGGAUACGCCUACGGAAAGGAUUAUGUGCCCGUAACCGAGCUGGACAUGGAAGAUUUUGUCCCAAAACAUGAAACCAAACAGCUCAAGUUGAUCCAAUUUGCCCCCAAGGAGAAUGUAAGUGUGAUUUUUUGUCAUAAAAUUGAUUUUUUUACUUCAGAUACUACCACAAUAUAUAAUGUCGGAAGCCAGGUACUUCCUACCGUAUCCCGAGGCCGAAGCCAGCCAAAAAGUGCUAAUGGAGCUGGUCAAGGAUCUUAUUGCCAAGGAUAGAGUCGCAAUUUGUCGAUAUGCCUACAGUGCUGCGGCUCAUCCAAAGGUCGCGGUGCUGAUCCCAAAAAUGAGCAAAAGUGGAGUUCCGGUAAGAGUUUUCAAUUUGUUUUUGAUUUUUAGGCAGUCUCAGGGAAUAUUCGAGAUCCUAGUGGUCCGUUCGCAAAGUCGCUGAAGUGAUUUUCGCGACAUGCACUGUGCGAAAACAAAAUUUCAUUCUGGGAACUGGGAUGAGUGGGGAAAAAGACGGUUGGGAAACCGAAGAGUAGAAAAGUUGUCAAAUUUUGUGAAACGACUGCUACUAGCCCGUUCAUAAAGUCGCUGGAGUGAUUUUCAGCGACUUAAGCGACACGCAAUGCGCGGAAAAACGUCAGGGUGCGAGGGGGGCAGCCCGAAAAGCCUAUUGCACAGUGCAAAAUGCGGAGUUGGACGAUUGGGGAAACCGAAAAGUAUUAUUUUUCGUCGAUGCAAGUGUGAAAUUAGGAUAACCGAGGGUCGAAAAUGACAUUCAUUUUUUUCGAUAGUUACUUUUUUCCUUAAGUAGUACUGUAAAGUAGCAAUUUUUUGAAUUUUUUGCCCGAAUACUCGAUUUGGGGGUUUUCGACGGUGCUGCUUUCAAAUCAGAAAAAAAUAAACAAGAUUUUCGAAAUCGAGAACCUCUAAAUCGAGUAUUUGUGAAAAAAAUCAAAAAAUUACUAUUUUACAGUACUACUUAAGGAAAAAAGUAACUAUCAAAAAAAAAAACGAAUGUCAUUUUCGAAAUCAGCACCCUCGAUUAUCCUAGUUUCGACACUUGAAUUGAAGAAAAAUAAUACUUUUCGGUUUCCCGAAUCGUCCAACUCCGCAUUUUGCACUGUGCAAUAUGCUUUUUCGGACUCUCGCUCGUACCCUGACGUUUUUCCGCACAGUGCAUGUCGCUAAAUUCGAUGAAAAUCACUCCAGCGACUUUACGAACAGGCUAGUAGCAGCGGUUUCACAAAAUUUGACAACUUUGAGACUUUUUUGUCCCAAAAUUGAAAAUUCUUUCCGGUGUCACGAGUUUUGGAAAUUUUUGAUUUUUCUUGAAAAUAAUUUGCAUCAACAGAAGUGUUACUACAGAAAGUGCUUCUACGUAUCUUUUACGACACUACUUUCCAGGUUUUCAUCCAUUACAUCUUGCCCUUUGGAGAUGAAGUCCGAAAUUUUGAAUUUCCUCUACUAGAAGACACUGUGGAGCCUAUUUCAGGUAAAUUUUGAGUGUAUUUCGACUUCAUAUGUGUUUUAUUUUUACUACAGAGCUAUCUCUGAUAUUUCCAUCAGUUUUAAAUUGCAUUUUUUGAGGAAAAUUGAGGUUUUCUGAACAUUUUUAUAUUACACUUGAGGUCAGGUGUAAAAUUUCGAAUUUUCAGAGUAUCAACAGGACGCCAUGGACGAGUUCGUUGAUAAUAUGAUGCUAGGACCCUCGGACUACAAAUUGAAACAUCUCCCGGACCCAAAGAUUCUCCAUGAAUGCCAGCUUUUGAAGCAAAAAGCAUUGGAUCCGCACACUCCGCUCCCCGGAAAAGUGGAUAUAAAAUCGUCGAUUCGGCAUCUGGAUAGACCCCAGCCGGAAAAGGAGGCAGUGAUUGAAAGUUUGACCAAUUUGGCCGAAGCUUUUCCACUGCAAAUCGACCCAAACACCAAGGCGACCCAUUUUGUCAACCGUAUUUUAGGCCAAAAUACGCCAAUGGAAAUUGUGGAAAGAGCGAAAAAAGAGGAGAAAUAA